AUGCCUCGGAACAGAGCCUUCUCUGAGCCGGAGUACUCGGCGGAGUAUUCAGCGGAUUGUUCAGUGACGCUGCCCUCUGACCCCGGACAGGCGGUAGGACGGACACAUGAGGUGACUGUGCGGAGUUCAGGAUGCUGCCUCUGCUUGCCACGGUUUAUGCGCCUCACUUUCGCUCCUGAGUCUCUGGAAAACCUAUACCAGACCUACUUCAGACGGCAGAGACAUGAGACUCUGCUGGUGCUUGUAGUGUUCGCGGCUCUCUUCGACAGCUACAUCAUCGUCAUGUGUGCGGUGGUCUACACCAGUGACAAGCUGGCGUCGGUUUUAGUGGCUUCAGUGGGACUGGCUGCAGAUGUGGUCCUGUACCUACUGUGCCGUUACGGGCUGCUACCGGACCGCAUCUCGCGACGGGUGGUGCCCUACGCCCUGUGGGUGCUCAUAGCGGCUCAGAUAUUCUGCUACUUGGGUCUGAACUAUGCCCGUUUCCACCAGGCCAGCGACACAGUGGGCUGGCAGGCUUUCUUCAGCUUCUCCUUCUUUUUGACUCUGCCUCUGAGGCUCACACCCAUUGUGCUCAUCACUACUGUGUCCUGCGGGGUCCACACUCUGGUUCUUGGGGUCACCAUCGCCCAGCAGCAGCAGGAGGAUAUCCAGGGGGCAGCACUUGGUAGACAGCUGAUGGCCAACAUUGUAAUCUACGUUUGUGCCAUCACCGUUGGCAUCAUGUCAUACUACAUGGCCGACCGGAAGCAUCGCAAAGCCUUUCUGGAGGCGAGACAGUCACUGGAGGUCAAACUGAACCUGGAGGAGCAGAGCCAGCAACAGGAGCGUCUGCUGCUGUCCAUCCUUCCAAAGCACAUAGCUGAUGAGAUGCUGCAAGACAUGAAGAAGGAGCCCAGUCAGAAAGAGAUGCAGCAGUUUAACACCAUGUACAUGUACAGACAUGAAAAUGUCAGUAUUUUGUUUGCAGACAUAGUUGGCUUCACCCAGCUGUCAUCGUCCUGCAGUGCUCAGGAGCUGGUCAAACUCCUCAACGAGCUCUUUGCUCGCUUUGACAAACUUGCCGCAAAAUAUCACCAGCUGAGGAUCAAGAUCCUGGGAGACUGCUACUACUGUAUCUGUGGUCUGCCAGAUUAUCGGGAGGACCACGCUGCCUGCUCCAUCAUGAUGGGCCUGGCCAUGGUGGAGGCCAUCUCGUAUGUUAGGGAGAAAACCCAGACAGAUGUCGACAUGCGAGUUGGAGUCCACAGUGGAACAGUUCUCGGGGGAGUUCUGGGUCAGAAACGCUGGCAGUAUGAUGUCUGGUCCACUGACGUUACUGUGGCCAACAAAAUGGAAGCAGGAGGGAUACCAGGUCGUGUCCACAUCUCACAGAGCACUAUGGAGUGUCUUCACGGGGAGUUCGACGUGGAGCCGGGGAAUGGAGGUGACCGCUGUGACUACCUGAGGGAGAGGGGCAUCGAAACCUACCUGGUCGUUGUUCCUAAAGGACCUGUGGGCAAGAACGGCAUCAACGGUGUAAAGCUGUCUGUAACCUCUUCCAAUGGAAACUCUCCUUUGUUAAUCAACACUACUGAGUGUAACGGCAGUGUGAACACAGCCUGCACCACACCGGAGGAACCUGAGGAACUGGACACCAGGGUAGUGAAUCCGUCUUUCCCGAACCCACGGCGGAGACUGCGGCUCCGAGACCUGGCUGAGAGGGUGAUCGACGCUCAGGAGAAUGAACAGGAGCUGAACAAGCUGCUGAAUGAGGCUCUACUGGAGAGAGAGACCGUGCAAGCUCUGAAGGGGAAACAUACGAACAGGCUCUCCCUGAGGUUUGUUGAUCCGGACCUGGAGACUCGUUACUCUGUGGAGAAGGAAAAACAGAGCGGCGCCGCCUUCUGCUGUUCCUGUGCUGUGCUGCUUUUCACUGCAGUGAUGGAAGCGCUCAUAGACCCCUGGCUGAUUGCAAACUACAUCACCUUUGCAGUGGGAGAAGUCCUGCUGCUCAUCUUGACAAUCUGCUCUCUGGCUGCUAUCUUCCCUAGAGUCUUUCCCAAGAAACUGGUGUCUUUUUCAACGUGGAUCGACCACACACGCUGGGCUCGCAACACCUGGGCCAUGGCAGCCAUCUUCAUCCUCACCAUGGCCGACAUCGUGGAUAUGCUGAGUUGUCUGCCUCACAUCCCUGAUUCAAGCAGCACCACAGCGGCUCCAUCCUCUUCCUCCUCCUCUACCUGGUCUGGCCCUGACGGUUGCGUGGAGAACCCAAAAUAUUACAGCUACAUCGCUGUGCUAGCACUAAUGGCUACCACCAUGCUGGUUCAGGUCAGUCACAUGGUGAAGCUCACACUAAUGCUGCUCAUCACGGUGGCCACCGGCAUCGUCAACAUCUACAGUUGGAGGGAAAUCUUUGACCGUUACGACAUGGCCCGCUUCCAGGACUACAGGUUGAGUCUGGUUCCCUCUAAGUUCACAAUGACCAUCAUGAUCUUCAUUAUGAUGGUCAGCUUCUAUUAUUUCUCCCGCCAUGUGGAGAAACUUGCCCGUACUCUGUUCCUGUGGAAGAUCGAAGUCCAUGAGCAGAAGGAGAAGGUCUAUGAAAUGAGGCGCUGGAACGAAGCUCUAGUGACCAACAUGCUGCCAGAACACGUCGCUCGUCACUUCCUGGGUUCAAAGAAAAGGGACGAGGAGUUGUACAGUCAGUCCUAUGAUGAAAUUGGAGUCAUGUUUGCCUCAAUUCCCAACUUCUCUGACUUUUACACAGAGGAGAGCAUCAAUAAUGGAGGAAUCGAGUGUUUAAGAUUCCUCAAUGAGAUCAUCUCAGACUUUGAUAGUCUACUGGAUGAGCCUCAAUUCCGCUGCAUCACAAAAAUCAAAACCAUCGGCAGCACCUACAUGGCAGCGUCUGGUGUCACCCCAGACGUCAGCAACGGUUACACCUGCAUGAAGAAGGAGGAGCUGUCUGACAGAGAGCGCUGGCAGCACCUGGCAGACCUGGCAGACUUUGCUCUGGCCAUGAAGGUCACACUAAUGAACAUAAACUACCAGUCGUUCAACAACUUCAUGCUACGGAUUGGUCUGAACAAAGGUGGUGUGUUAGCAGGGGUGAUCGGCGCCCGUAAACCCCACUAUGACAUCUGGGGCAACACUGUGAAUGUGGCGAGUCGCAUGGAGUCCACAGGGGUGAUGGGAAACAUCCAGGUGGUGGAGGACUGCUACAACAUCUUGAAAGAGUAUGGGUUCCGCUUUGUGAGGAGGGGGCCCAUCUUUGUGAAGGGGAAAGGGGAGCUGCUCACUUAUUUCCUGAAGGGAAGAGACAAACAAGGCUCAUUUAUCAACGGUUCCUCUGUCACUCUGCCACACCAGGUGGUGGACAGCUAAGGACUAAACACACCCACCCACAUACAAACACAUGUUAGGUUUUCAUGCAUUCAAGGGACUUUACAUUGGAUUGCAUUUAUUUCCUGGAGAUUCUAACCUUAACCAGAGUCACAACAUGCUUGUAACCUAACCCGUAAAACCAGUCUUAACCCUCAAAUGUACUAGUUUACAUUAAGGGGGUGUGAAUUUUUGAGUGAAGACGGGCCAAAAUGUCCUCACUUUGUAGGUCAGGUCCUCGCUUCAGUGGUAAGAGCUCACACUGGCCGAGACAGAAGAGACAGAUGAGAGUUUUUGGAAUUUUACCCAGAAAUCACAAAUUAUGCCUGUAAACUGAUAGUUUACAAGCUCCAGAUCUUAAACAUACAUGUAGUAUGUGUGUGGAAAGAUAAAGGUACCAGAGGAGACUGUGUUUGAAUGUGAACAUCACACCUACACAGAUGCAUCCUGGGAUAAUUCCAGUAGACGCUGGCUUUUGUUAUACUCAGAGAUGCCCUGAUCUGUGCUAUUAAUUGAAGUGUUAUUUUCAGUGAGGCCAUAGAAAGUAUUAGUAGGCAAAUAGAAUAGUAGUAGCAGCAGGGGAAAAAAUGCUUAAAAGCGUAAAAUGAGAUCCUUAAAUGUCCUGUUUGGUUCAAAACCUGAGGAUAUUUAAUUUAGGAGGAAAGUAGAUGGAAAGUAUUUACUUUUAAUAAGCUGCAAUCAAAUCAUUUUCCCUUUUUUUCUGAUAAUUAUCAAUGAUCAUAUUAGUUGAUUAACUUAAUAAUGUAAAUUACUGAUCAGUCGUUGAAACUCUUAUUGUUGGCAAUGAGAAAGACCAUUAACUGAUAUUUGAGGCCAUUACACAUUUGCAGUAAAAAUUUAAUUUUUAUUGAAUUUACAACUAAAGCACAAUAUUUCUUUGUCUUUGAAUUAACCUUUAAUUCAAAUGCAGUGCAGUUCAUCAAUAAAACAGUAAAACAUCAGUAUUUAAAUAUGGACAGAUUGUCACAAUAGUGUAUUAGGGUCAAUUCAGGUUAAAAAGGGUUGUACAAACCAUGGGAAUGGGAUUUAAAACAGAAUUUCUGAGGUUACAUUUGUAAAUUUAUGAGGAAAGAAACUGACAUUCUCUUAGAUUAAAGUCACAAAAAUAUUAAAAAAAGUAGUAAUCAGGUGAGGUAGUAAUAAAAGUGACAAAGUUGAGCAUGUGUAAGACAAUGUAAGCAUGUGAACGCAUGUGGCUUCAUAAACUCAGAAUAGAAGGUUGUUUUCUCAUAGAUUUACCUCUUUAAUCUCAGAGAAUAAAUGACUUUUUCUUCUUGUAGAUUUUCAAUUUAAGUCUCAAAUACUUUUUUUCAGAAUACUGUCCCCCACCCCCUGGCUCACAAUAAAUUAUAGGAAAAAAAAAACUGUACUUAUUGACUUAAAGUAUAUAUUUUUUUUACUUAAUUGACUCUAAUGGACCACUAUGAAAAUAGAAGUGAAACAAGUAAAUUCCUAGUAAAUAAAUGUUCUUUUUUUUCUCUUUGUUUUAGCGUUGAUUGAUUUUUUAAACAUUUGUUAUUAAAUGCCAACAGCAUCAACCCUCCACAUGAUUGCACAGGUUUAGAGAUAAGUGUCGGCGAACAGGGUAAAAUGUCAAAUGUACUUUUAAUUACGUAGUUACAGCACACUGCCCGACAGAUUCCAAUGACCCAUUCUUUCAUUACGAAGAAAAUGUAUCCGUUUUGACGCUGGAGAAUGAGAAAUGAAAACAGAUACAAACACAGUGAUGGUACUUCUAUCUUUCCACAAACUUAGAUUAAAAAAAUCAAAAACACGAUUUAAAUGAUUCCACUCACAUGGCUUUGAAACAUUGGACCUAAAAUUCGAGCUUUAUUUCCUGUUUACAAAGUCCGUCCAGUGUACGGAGUGUUGGGAUCGACUGUCUCAGAGAAGGACCAGGAUCUGAACCACGGCUCGGACUGUGAGUGACUGAUCCACCACCUGCUGCUGCCCAUGUGUGUGUGGGUGUGUGUUGCUCAGAGGGUCUUUUUCCAAAGUCUGGAGUAUUUUUGACAUUUUUGAGGCUGAUCUGAGACUAGAUCAGCUCUUCUUGUCGAGCCCUCUCCUCCUACUCGUCGUCGUCCUCCUCCUCCUCUUCGGCGCUCCUGGACUUCCUGCAGUGCACUCAGCACCACCAGCCUCUGGACGACGGUGCACUUGAAGCUGUUCUGAUCACAAUGAAGGAUUACAGACGAUUCGGAACUAUGUGUGAGAGUGUGAAUGUGAUUGAAGAGACAAACGACGGUGUCUUGAAAGUAGCACAGAUAAGUUUAUCUUUGACACUGAUUAUUGACAGAUGGAAGUGCCUAUCGCAGCUGAAAUCAUGUUUUAACUGGAGCUGAAGGAUAACCUAACCCCCCCCUCCUCCAAGCAAAGAAAGAACAGUACUGGAUUCACUCUUUUUUUUUUUGGUUAUUAAUAACCAUCAUAAGUUCGACCUAGCAAUACUCUAAACAUAAAAACCCUGAUCUGUUUAAACUGAUUGUGUGCUCUGUUCAGUUCAAGGAAAGUUGGUUUGUUUCAUUUUUCAGAAAUCACAAAGGGUGUUUCUCAAAGUCAAGGAAGGAUUCUUCUGGGUUUCAUUUAUAUAACGCUGCAUCAUCAGAUGGGGUGUUUCAUUGUUCAUGAUACUCCUGAUGACUGAGUCUUUCCUUUGGACACAUUUCAAGGACACUUCUGUGAAUCUUCUGUGCUGUUUAACUCUACCUUUCCAAACAUUAUGGUCAGAACCCUAGAUGGGAUGUGGAUGUGGUUUUUGUCAGGUCCACAUUCAGCAACAAACAUAAAUUUCCCGUAAUAUGUUACACAGUUCACAGCAUAAAACAGGAGAAUUGUGCUAGUUCAGUUCAAGCUAAAACCUAUGACCUAAAAGCAUGAUCAGAGGUAACACUGAUUGACCUCUGUGACUUCCUCACACUUGAUUACAUGUGAUGUUAAAAUGAAACUGUGAGAGUUUAUAAAUGUUAUCUUUACCAGAGACACAGAGCUAAAUGCUGAGAAAUAUUGGACAAAAAAAAAAAAAAAAAAA